UCAUGCGCAUGGCCUACUCUGCGGAGGAGGAGGUAUAACACUGAUAAGAAUAACAAAAGAAAAGAAAAGGAGAGAGUUUAAUAGAAGAGGAGAAGCAAGAGGCGGAGAUGUACACGAGAAGUCAUAAUAAUUUGAAAUGGAUGAGAUUGAUUGUAAUGAAGAAGAAAGUGCUUUGUUUUUGCAGUUGUUUUUGAAGAAGGAAGAAGCAGAGUUGUGCUUCCACAUGCGUCGCAAACUUCCGCCAAGGCAACAUCAACGUCCUCUCAACGACCAGCCAGAGAUGAUUUUUAAAAUGAGAAUAUCUGAAAUAAACUCGACUGCUCUCACAAAUGAGAAUACUAAAAAUGAACCCGACCGCUCUCAAAAAUUAAAUUUUAAAAAAAUCCAGAAUCUUUGUCCGGUACCGGAUCGAUCCCAAAUUCCAAUCAGCUCGUGCCAGUCACGAGGCCAAACAUCCCUGAAACUUUCAUUCGAAUCCAUACAGCAGUUUUGGAGAUAUCUUGUCCACAGACAAACAAACAAACAACCAAACACAACUGAAAACAAUACCUCCGUCUUCGCUAAGACUGAGGUAAUAAACAUUCUUGUAUUGCCAUACAUAUUUUAUUUAAACUUGCUGCACCUUCUUUUUUACACGAUCAUUGCUCUUGACUUGGAAAGUUUAAUGUCUACUAUUCAUACAUUUUAUGGAAAAUUUUAUUCUUAGAUCCAUUGACAACUAUCUCGUAAACGGUAUUAGAUUUGGUCUUUGUUCCGAAUCUUUCUGGAGCCACCAGAUUCCAACCAGUAGCCAUGUGGAAGUAAUAUUUCAUGUACGAUAUUGACAUUUUUGGUGCAAAAAAAAACCCAACAUAUUUCGAAUUAUAUCCUUAUGUUGGAGUCAUUUUGCUUUGUAAUCCUACACAUCUCUUUCCGAUGCACUUUCUAUCCUGUAAAACGCAAUGCAUUAAUUCUCUAUAAUUGAAUGUAACAAAGUGUUCCCUGAUGAUCAGUUCUGGUUAAGCGUCCAAAUGUCCAUGGAACAUCUAAUGCAGGGUUCCAAGCAAUCAUAAGAGUGAAAAGUCCGUAGGAAACAAUAAUAUAACU